AUGGACGCACAACCAGUCGAUCCAGAUCUAACUGCUAAACUACUUGGUCGCGGUGUGGCCGUCUCGCCGAUUGUAACGGUUGAGCCACGUCGUCGUAAAUUCCAUAAAGCCAUCACAUUGAGCAUGCCAGCACCCAAAGCACAUAGCCAGGGCAUGAUAAAUCAAUAUUCCGGCAAUACACCCACGCUACGACUACUCUGCUCCAUAACAGGUGGACCGUCUCGCGCCCAGUGGGAAGACGUUACUGGCUCCACACCGCUGACCUUCGUGAAUGAUUGUGUUUCGUUUACGACUACUGUCUCCGCACGAUUUUGGUUAAUGGACUGCAGAAAUAUUUCCGAGGCUACCAAAAUGGCAACCGAACUAUACAAGGAGGUAAUACAUGUGCCGUUCAUGGCCAAGUUUGUGGUCUUCGCAAAGAAAGUGGAACCGUACGAAGCACGUUUGCGUGUGUUCUGCAUGACUGAUGACCGUGAAGAUAAAACACUAGAAAAGCAGGAACUCUUUACAGAAGUUGCCAAGAGUCGCGACGUUGAGGUGCUGGAGGGAAAGCCACAAUACAUUGAAAUGGCAGGUAACUUAGUGCCAGUCACUAAAUCUGGUGAUCAAUUGCAAUUGCAAUUCAAAGCGUUUCGGGAGAAUCGUCUACCAUUCACUGUACGUGUGAAGGAUCAACACGCUGACAUUGUUGGGCGUACAUUAUUCAUGAAGGAGCCCAAAGUUGCCAAGGGCGAGCCACCGCAACAUCCCAUCUGUAUUUUGAAUAUCGUGUUACCGGAUAUUGUUAUACCGGAUACAACUACCGAAUUCAGUGAUAAGAUCACAACCACCUAUCGAAGCUCCCUCUUUAGUUUGAGUAAACAUCAGAAUGAUCACUAUAUCGGCGAUAUACGUAUUGUGGAUCUGUCGAAUUUAUUAGGCAAGGAUUGGAUACAAUUAGCCUCUGAAAUCGGUAUAAGUACGGAGGAGAUAGAUGACAUUAUAAAUCAAAAUACCGAUAGUAUUGCGCGGCAGGCCCAAAGCAUGAUUCGUCUAUUCAAGGAUAAACCAAAUUAUGAUAUUCACGCCUUAGAAGAUGCGCUCAAAAAUAUUGGCCGUGAGGAUAUUAUGAAGAAGUGUAAAAGUGGGCGACUUUCGCAUUCGCGUGACUUUGACGAAACUGAUAUUAUGAAAAAUUCCGAAUCGGUGGAGGAACUCGUGCGACAAGAGAGUAAACGGAUUCAACAGAUUCACGAUCACGAGGAGGUUAAAUAUUCGGCAGAAGAGAAGGAAGUAGAAGAGUCCGAAUCAGAUGAGGAAAUCACGAAGCGUACUGUUGCCGAACGACGAGAGAAGAUUGUGAAACGACUCUCUAUCGAACGGCAAAUACCUGCUUCAUCACAGAAGAAAGAGAUCUCACGAGAAAUUUCCGAAAUAAAACGUAAGAGUCUUAUCGAGGAUAAAAAGGCUAUACAUGAAUCGGAAAUCAUGAUGCAGUUACCAACAGAUAACAUAGUUAAGUCAACCGUUGCUCCUGACCAAGUAAUGAAAAUGAAAAUGGGUAAAAUGGAUUCUGCCGAAAUAAGUAAAAGCGAUUUUGAUAAGGAAUUGACGCACAAACUAAAGACAUCCGGACGCAGUUCUGAAGAGGAAGAUUCAGCAACCGAAUACAAGAUCGUUGAGGGCGAUGAAAAUUUGAAAAUAGUACAAGAUAUCAGCGCCGCCGAAACGUCAAAGAAGCUUCAGGACUUCCCGAUGGAGUCAGAACAAGAUACAACCAAGCAACUAACUGAAGACUUUUUAAAUGCUGAGAAACAGACUCAACUUCCAGUAGAUAUAACAUUCAGUGAGAAGUUUGUCGAAGAGGUCAAGGAAAAAGAAAUGAAAAGCUCUGAAUUGGACGAGAAAUCGAGUCAGAAGAUUGAAAAAAUUAUCUCUGUAUUUGAGAGUGGCAAAUCUGACGAGAAGGAUGGAACUGUUAGUAAAACGUCCACCAUUACGGAAACCAUCCAAGUUGCCAUGGAAGGUAAAGUAAAGGGUACUUCCAUUGAAGAUAAAAUUGCUGAUUUCGAAGCAAAAGGAGUUACUUAUGAUAUGAAAUCCGUGUUACCAAAAGAUCUAAAGAAAUACGAAGAUACACAUGCAGAUGAUCUCUAUGAAGCACACCAAGAACCUAUUAAGUCAUUUGAAAAAACAAUUACAGAAGACUUUUUAGCGUUAGAGCAAAAAUCUCAAAUGUCACCAGCAAUUAAAUCUAUUCAAGAAAUUACUACUGCCAAUGAAUUAUCAAAAGAUUAUACAGAUGUAAUAGAAACCGCUCCAGCAGCUCCGGUUGCCGAAAAGAGAACGUCAUUUUCUGAGAAAUCGUCAGAGCCAAUAACGCGUUCAUCUAUUGAAACACAAUCCUCAAAAUUCAGUAUGCCAGAUGACAAAGAAGAGCAGGUCUUUCCUAAACCAACAGGGAUUAUAAAAGAAUUCGAGAAACAUAUUGAGAAAGAUAGCGAAAUUGCUAGCUCUGAAUUCUCGUACAUGGAACAGAGAUCACAAAAGGAAAUUACGAAACCAAUAAGUGAAUUUGUAACCAGCACGGCGGAGGUGUUUGAAACAACGGCUGAUGCUUUUGAAAUUACCACUGACUUAGAACUGCCAGUGAAAGAAGCAGAAAGAACGAAAGCUCAAUUAAAACAAGUCACAAAAGAAUGGGACGGAAAAACUCUAACAGGCAUUCAAAAAUCCUCAGGUGAUGUCACAAAACCAGAGCAUAUAGAAGAUAAAUUGUUGACAACUGAGCCGAUUACUACAAUUUUCAAAAGCCAGGAACCAGGAAGUGUAACAAAGACUGAAGUAAUUUCGACCACGACAUAUUUGGAUAAAAUUGAAGAGAAAGUGAUUAAAGAUAGUGAAGUCGAUGAUCUGAUAAAAUUCGCUAAACUGAGGGAAGGUACGAAGGAAACGCAAGUAGAAUCAGAAACAGUAAAAACCACACAAAUAUUAAAUAUAUUUGAGAGGGAAUCAGAUUCUUCCACAAUUCAAUCAGCAGUUGGUGAUAUUGCAGCUGACACAAAAAUCACUUCAGAUAUAUUGAAAACUGGCAAAGAAAUAUCCACAAUUGAGCCCAAGGAAUUAAGUAGUGAUUUUUCAGGUGACGAAAAAGAUGCAUUAGACAUGAGGUUUGACGGCACUAAACAUGAACAAACUAAAAAAUUAACGCAAGAUUUCUUGCUAAUGGAGCAGCAUAAACAAGUGCCAUAUUCCAGAGAAUCCCAAGCCGAAGAUGAAAAAUUUCAGCUUUUGAAAUCGGUCACACACACAGUCGUGCCAUCUAUUUUAAGUUCAACUGUUCUCCCUGCUUUACCAACUGAUUUGAACGUUAAGCAAGAACCAAUAUCGUUGGUAGAUGUACAAGCAACUCUAACCGAUACUGCUUCGAAAGAAGAACAACCAACAAGGGAUACACAUACGGUCGAAACGAAAAGCGCCAUGAGUGACCUGAUCAAAUCAACAAGCGUUAUAAUGGCGACUGUACCGAAAGUUUCAACAGAGGAGGCCAUUAUAUCAUUGGAGGAAAGUCUUACAGAUAUCAAACGUGAAGAGAAGCCCAUGCAGCUUCCGACAGCUUCGGAGAAAUUCACGCAAGGUAGCCAGCCAGAGACAACUCCAAAAGAUUUUGAACCAGAAAUUAUAAUUGAUGAGAAAACCACAACACUCAAGAUGAGUUCAGCAGUAACGGAUACGGUCAAAGAAGAGAGUAUAAAACUUGUAGAAUCCAUUAAAAAGCUAGAGGAAACCAUUAAGGUAGUCGAUAAGCACGAAGAAGACGGCAUCGAGUUGGCUGCUCCUGUAAAUGAGACGGACAAAGUAUCAGCCGUGGGUAUAAGAAAACUAACCGAGGAUUUCCUCACAAUAGAGCAAACAAAACAGUUUUCAACAAGCACCAAACCGGUAAGAGAAACAAUUGCAACUGAUUAUCAUGAAAAAUCUACAAUACCAACAACGGAUGAGAAGCGAGAAGAGAAGGCAGAUUCAUUCACUAGCCUGCAAUCGGCUGGUCUGAGCGAGGAAAUUACUAAGAUAGUAACGGAGGCAGCAACAAAAAUCGAUGCCAUUAAAAUGACGAAUGACUUCUUAGCGACAGAACAAAGCACACAAUUACCCAUCGUGAAGCAAUCAAAUGACCAAACUGCAGCUCAACUUGAUGCACAAAUUUCGCCAAAAUCGGCUCUUGACCUUGCCGCACCUGCACCUGUGGAACCACGCAAAUCUAUAACACUGACAGACGCUGAGUUUUGUAAGUCAGUAGAGGAAACGAUCACAAAGAAGAUGAGUGCGGGACAAAUUGAAAUCUGUGACGAGCUCAAAAAUAGCGCGAGCGACAUACCACAUUCUCAAACCCCACCGCCAACUCCGAUCGAUACUAGAACUGAUAGACAAGAAGAAGAAUCCUUACCACGGGCUAAGUUCGUUGAAAAAGAUAAUUUGUCUGACACUGUGGUCACUUUGCACAAGACCACAGAAUCGACAUUCGAACGUGUUUCGGGAAUUUCCAAAAUCGGUAAGCACUAA